AUGUUUGAUCAUCCACCACGCUGCGUGGCACCCUAUCUCAACCAGUGAUAUAAGAUGGAACGACGAAGUGUUGCAAAUAUGGAGCUUUUCCCGGGCCAUCCGAUCAGAAUGAUCGCAGAUGUGGAUGACAUUGCACGACUAUAUCCUGUGAUCGCAAACGCAGAUAUAAUCGGAAUUGAUACGGAAUGGAAGCCACUUUUUAUGAGCACAACUGAACAGGUGAAAAAGAGGCCUUGUUUUAGGCUUUUUAGGCUUCAACAAAAAUUUAGGCUUAGCAUAGGUCUAGUUUAG